GCUGGGCUUUCCUCAGUACAGUCCUGCUGCUCCAUAAUGCACACGUUACAGUAGCGAUGGGUGUGCGCCCACAAAGCCUUCAAGCAAAGAAUCUUCCUCCCCUGCUUUCCCCACCAGCUGUUGGUCAGCCGUGUGUCAGAUGUUCCAGCACCCGAGUUUCUUUCAGUUUCUCCCCACCGGUGUUCAGCUGCGCCCUGAAUCGCUGGAGGACCUUUCCUCACUCUGCAGCGAUAAACAAAGAGACUGAGUGCAGAGAGCAGAGAGUGUGUGUGUGUGUGUGUGUGAUGAUGUUGCCUCUGGUAACAGAUAGAGAGCGCCAUCGUGACAACACCCAAGCCCUCCAUUUCUUUUAUCUACCUCCGCUUUUGAUAGUCAGAGGCCCUUCAUGUGACUCUUCCUGGUGCGCUCGCAGCAUGAGGGAGGAGAGGAGGCUCCCUCUGAGGACCGACGCCACUUCCCAGCUAAUAGCGGGAGCCGAAGGAGAAGUGUGCAAAGUCCGUUUGGAGGGAAAGGCGGGCUGAAGCCUCGGGCUAAAUGUUUAUACACCGGAGGAAGUAAUUAUGGAGCACAGUUUGAAGUUGAUGAACAUUUCUCUCUGUAAGAUUAGCAGUGAGGGAAGAGGGGGAGGCUGAGAGUCGGUAGGAGGGAGCGAGGAGCAGGCGGCGGUGAUCUGUCUUGCUUCUCCUCCCUGUAAAUCAGGAGUCCAUAUUUAGUCGGAGGGAGGGAGGGCCUAGCGCUAAUGUAAAUAAAGCUGGGAGAGAGCCGCGGGGAGAGAACAUCAACUCUAAUGUUUGAGUUUAUUGUCCGGCGCCGCAGUCAGCGUGGUCCCUUGGAAAAGACAAGGAAAGGGGCUUAAAGGUUUUAAAUAAAGAUUAAAAGCCUGAUGGAGCGAUUGUUGUGUUGACCUUUUGAACUUUUGGGAUUUUGAAAGGAGCAUUCUUGAGCGUUUUGACAGAGGUUCGUGGAGUGUCGCCCGGCAGGCGGAACCCUUACAAAUGCCAUGCAGCGAAAAAGUCCAGUUUGAAGGUUUAUUUGAGAAAGCAGAAAGAAGGAUAUCGUAGACUCCUCCUUGGACCAAAGUCAUCGAAGACAGAAGCGAGCGAGGGCCGCCGACCGUCCUCUGGUCGCCAUGAGCGAGCGACGCCACGAUAGCUCCGACGAGGAGCAGGCGGAAGCUGAGGAGAAGCCUCGGGAGCGAAGGGGGACCAGGCUGCCUAUUAUUCAGCUCCUGCCCAGGUCCAAGGGGGGCUCCCCGGGAGGGUCGCCAAAAAUCUCACCCAAAGACUCUCCGCGCGGGUCUCCUCGAAACUCCCCGCUGCUGUUCAGGAAGCUGCUGAUGAACCGCAGCAUCAACCUCCAGAGGCGCCGCUUCACUCUGGCCCACACGCCCAGUUUCGAUGUGGAGAACGGCUUGGCAGUGGGGCGCAGCCCCCUGGAUCCCCAGACCAGCCCUGGCUCUGGAGGUCUGGUCUUACAGGCCAACUUUCCCCACAGCCAGCGGCGGGAAUCCUUCCUCUACCGCUCCGACUCUGACUUUGACCUUUCACCCAAAGGUCCUUCCAGAAACUCCUCCGCUGCCAGUGACCUCCUCAAUCUAAAUACCCACUGGGAUACGAAUAUAAGGGAAGAAAGCUUGAAGCACUGGGAAGUCAACUGGUUGUCAUCUCGACACACAGAAGACAUGAUUGUGACGCCAUUUGCACAGGUCCUUGCCAGCCUGAGGACAGUCAGAAGUAACUUUGCUGUCAUAACAGACCAGCAAGAUCGCACAGCCAGCAAGACGCGAUCCUCAGGCAGCAACCCACCAUCCAUGUGCAAGACCAGCCUCGCAGAGGAGCCUCACCAGCAGCUGGCCAUAGAGACGCUGGAUGAGCUGGACUGGUGUCUGGAACAACUAGAGACACUGAAAACCCGGCACUCUGUCAGCGAGAUGGCUUCCAACAAGUUCAAGAGGAUGCUGAACCGAGAGCUCACCCAGCUGUCAGAAACCAGUCGUUCGGGGAACCAGGUGUCUGAGUUCAUCUCUAGUACCUUCUUAGAGAAGCAACAUGACAUGGACAUCAUGUCUCCCCCCACCAAGGAGAAGGACAAGAAGAAGCGGCCCAUGUCCCAGAUCAGCGGUGUGAAGAAGGCCACCCACAGCCCCAGUCUCGCCCCCUCCACCAUCCCUCGCUUUGGGGUCAACGCCAGCCAGGAAGGGCUCCUGGCCAAGGAGUUGGAGGAGGUUAACAGGUGGGGCAUUGACAUCUUCAAGGUCUCUGAGUAUUCUGGGAAUCGCCCCCUGACGGUCACCAUGUACACCAUCUUUCAGGAACGCGACCUGCUGAAGUCCUUUAAGAUUCCAGCGGACACUUUCAUUACCUUCAUGAUGACUUUGGAGGAUCAUUACCAUGCCGACGUGGCCUACCACAACAACAUCCACGCGGCAGAUGUGGUCCAGUCCACCCAUGUCUUACUGUCCACGCCUGCUCUGGAGGCUGUGUUUACUGAUCUGGAGAUCCUCGCCGCUCUGUUUUCAAGCGCCAUCCACGAUGUGGAUCACCCUGGAGUUUCCAAUCAGUUUCUCAUCAACACCAACUCGGAGCUGGCCCUGAUGUACAACGACUCCUCGGUGCUGGAGAAUCACCAUCUGGCCGUCGGCUUCAAGCUUCUGCAGGAAGAUAACUGUGACAUCUUUCAGAACCUCGGCAAAAAGCAGAGACAGUCGCUGCGCAAAAUCGUCAUCGAUAUGGUGCUGGCCACAGACAUGUCGAAACACAUGAAUUUACUGGCAGACUUGAAAACCAUGGUGGAAACCAAGAAAGUCACCAGUCUAGGAGUCCUUCUGCUGGACAACUACUCAGACCGCAUACAGGUCCUUCAGAACAUGGUGCACUGUGCCGACCUAAGCAACCCCACCAAGCCUCUGGAGCUUUACCGUCGGUGGACGGACCGCAUCAUGGUGGAGUUUUUCACCCAGGGGGACAGGGAGAGGGACAAGGGCAUGGAGAUCAGCCCCAUGUGUGACAAACAAAACGCCUCAAUAGAGAAGAACCAGGUGGGUUUCAUUGACUACAUUGUUCAUCCUCUGUGGGAGACGUGGGCCGACCUCGUCCACCCCGACGCUCAGGAGAUCCUGGACACCCUGGAGGAUAACAGAGAGUGGUACCAGAGCAUGAUCCCCCACAGCCCCUCGCCCCACCCGGAGGACCAGCAGGAAGGAGCCCGCGCCGGGGAAUCCUCAGCGCUCAUCGGGGGCGGAGGCUCCGUUUCGGCCGACAAGUUCCAGUUUGAGCUGACAUUGGAAGAAGAGCGAGAGUCUGAUACAGAGAGUCCACCCGAGGAAGAGGAGGGCUUUAGCAGCAGUAGAGGGACUGAACUCUCCAGAACUGAUUCUGGCAGCAGGUGCGAUGCGGGAUCUGCUACGACUCGCCUACUCACCAAAAAGCUCUCUACAGAUUCGGGCAGGACGUUUUCUUUAGACUCUGAUAUGGCCGAAGACAGAGAAGCAGACCAGGAAGGCGUCUCUGGCGUACCACGCUUCCGACUUGGCACAUAGCACCCGUCAAAAGUUGUAUUUCUUUUGGCCUUUUGUUUGUCUUGCCUCCUCCUGUCACUCUCCUUCUCCCAUUCCAAUCCAGCACCACCAACUCUGGCUCCCGAGGUCAGGGGCACCGCGACCCUCGCGACGGGGAGUGCGGGUGGGGUUUGGGAGGAGUUAAGACUGUCUGCAGUUCUACACUGGAGGGAGACAGUCGCUGUUCCAAUAGAGGACAGGAAGUCCGGCGUUCCGGAGCAGUCCCUUUUCGUUCUGUGUCUCUCAGUCAGACAUACUGUGGAUAGAGUUCUACGGGGACAACAAGCCCGUUAACGGCCAACUCAAGCUGUACUACAACAAACGACAAAGCGGUCUUCCUCUUUUGUGAAGAAAUUGAGGAUGGGAUGAAUGAGCAAAAAAAUAGUAAACACACAACAACAUCUUGUAAGACAUUUUGCCAAACUUACACUUUAAAGGGUUUUGCAUGCAUUUGUUUAUUCUGUUAUAUUUUAUUUAGGUUCACAUGCAGUGAAAUACAUUGAAUGAAGAUACAGUGAAUAGACUACGAAACAGUGUGAGCAGCAAAUUAAUGGCAGAAAGGAACUAUGCAGGAUUCUUUAAAUGUAGCUGACAUUUUGAGUGAUUAUUGUAUAAGUAGCCCUCCUUUCAGGUGACGUUGCACAGCCCAUUUAAUUUUAUUCAGCAAUCAUUUUCAGAAAGAUUUAACCAUAACAAAGUAGCCGACAUUUAAUGCUUACUAUUUCCAUUUUUUGUAACUAAUCAAUGAUAGUGUCAGCGGCCAAUCUGAGCCAGGGUCAGUGACGCGUUGUAUAGUCAACGAAUUACAUCCAAAGCAAUGAGAACUAUGCACAUAGCGCCUCCCAGUGGUGAUAAGUGGGACUGACGUUCUGGCAUUGGAGGUAAUUCUUGCAAUGUGAACAAAUGCAUUUAAGACGUAUUUCACUGUAGGACUCCCCAAAAUAUCAGAUAUGUUUCAGUUUUAUUUCUCUUUUAUUUGUGUUGUCUUUUUUUUGUCGCUUAUUUUGUCGUUCUUCGCAUUCUGCACCCCUUUUAUCAGUUUGCCUUCAAGUUUAGCACUUUACGGUUUUAACUAGCCCUCAUUGUGUUUUUUAAGGGCUUGAGCGAAGACAUGAACUCAUUGAAGGCUGUUGACAAAAAAAAAAAAACCUGUUUCAUUUGCUGCCAAGUAACCAGCACGGACAUCAUGCAAAAACUAAACGCUGCAGCACGGCCAUGAAUACUACACAAUAUGUUACACAGAGCAUCAACCUCCUAAAAUGCAGUUUCUUGAAACAUCCACUUGCAUACAUUUCUAAACUGACAGCGGCAGUGUGUUAGAAACACAAGGGUUUAAAAAGAAGCAUGGUAGCAUCAUUAUAACUGCAAAAAGAAAAUAAUUGAGGAGACUGUUUCAUAUGCCACAUUUUUCAUCUUUUUUCUCUCAUUGAUCAAUAUUUCGCUCUUCACAGGGACAAAGUCAAUGACAAAACAAGUGCCAAGCAAGCAUGACACAACCCGUACUGUAAUUUCCAUUUUGCCACUGGCUACUUUCCAUCAGCGACUGAUAAAGUUGGUUGAUUGUAGCACUCUGUGUGCCAAUCUGACCCCAGUGAUUUUUGUCCUUGUUCAAACAGUAACUGUAACUGAAAUUGAUAUUUUCUUAAACCAAUGAUGUGUUUUUGUGUGUGCGAUUGAAUGACUGGGUUGACUUUUUUAAUGUGUUUGCUAAGAAAAAACCAAAGCACUUUGUAUGGUACUUUACAGUUCUGCACUUCCAGUACAGUUGAACAUGUAUGGUGACUGUUUUUUUUAGCAAAUAGCCGGGUGGUUGAAUGGAAUCGUGUGGGCUGGACCACUACAGCUCUCAAAGGUCACAUGUUGGAGGGGUUGAAGUUUGUUUUUGUAAUGGACGUGUCAUUGGCUGCAGGAUUUAAAUAAGAAGAUAGAGAUAAUUUACUAAACUUAGUCUGAGGAGAAAUUUUGUAUUCAAUUACCAUGAAACAGAGUGAAUCCCGUGUUAAUGUGUGAACAAGCUGAACAGUUUUUGACGCCUUAUUUUCAAAGUUGGCUUUUUUUUUUCCUUCACUGUCAUGCUGGAUUAAACAUUUGCAAUCCUUUCGGUAUCCAUUAACAGCACCAAGGAUGCCUUCAAUAUUAAGGUCUAUUUAACAGCUUAAAAGCACAACAUGCAAACAUUAGUUUGUCUCUCUGAAUGCCACUAAUUGUUGGAUUUUGUUCACAGUUUUCUUCACAGCUCUUCGUGUACAUUUUAUUUAUUAUUUCUAUAUUAUCUGUCAGAAAACAAUGGAACAGUAGUUUUUUUUGUCGGAGGUGUAGUAUAACUUAAUGUUUAGAAAGUCACACGGGACAAAUUUCAACCAUAACUCAGCUGUUUUCCUUCUCGUUCCAUUACUUUAUUGCUUGCAAAUAAUGUGAUACAUACGCAAAAAUACUCACUUUCAUGUUUUUCUUUGUAUAAAAAAUGUUUAGUGACAGAUUUCUGUAUGAGUUUUCUGAAACAUCUCUCCCGUCUUCCUCAGUUUUCACAAUCACGUGAUCUUACAGUAAGUGUGCUAAUCUCAGACGUGUUUCAUGUGAUUCAUAGUGAAGAUUAUUUAGUCACAGAACUUCAAGUCAUCCUAUCAGUAUUUCCGUUUUUAGACAUAGAACAAAGAUCAUGAACUACGACUGCAGCGUUGACAAUCCCAACUGUUAGCCCUCUCUCCAACUAGAACUGUAUGCCUUGCCAAUAAAAAAAAAAACUAUUCACUCUAA